AUGACGGACGCGCGCAAGGAGAUGCGCCGACGAUGGGCCACCGCGUUCUUCUCGCGCAAGCACGUGACGGUCCACGCUCUGCGGCAGUCGGGCGAGGCCGCGCCGGUCGCUCGCCGCAGCCGGUGGUCAUGGCACCUUCUCUCGCCAAUCGCUCGCUGGCUCUUGACCACGAAGCGCCGGUGGCCCUCCUUGCACGCGUAUGCAUCCGUGCACCCUCGGUCGCCCGACCCAGACCGUCUGUGCCCGACGCUGGACCGCAGUAUCUAUGCGAUUCUCGAAGCGUCCGAGUGCGCCGACGACAUGCGAUAG